AAUACACAUGAUGUGAUUCUCUGCAGCUCCAUGUGUUGUUUUUGUCCUGAUAUGGAACUUAAAGGCAACGACGUCCAUUAAUGAAUAUAUAUUUAGUUUGAAUAUCACUAAAUUUGAGUUAACUUGUUAUUGAACUGAAAUCCUUUUGAUAUUUUUUGCUUAAUGUGCAGUUUAAGAGAUCUGCCCAGUUUUGCAUCCAGUAACAUAAAUACUUCCACUGUAAACACGUUGUAUUGGACAAAAUGGGUGAAAGUGAGACUGGAGAAUCUGGGUGGACCAAAGCAAACCUCCAGAAGCUUCUUGCUGCCAUGAAAACCAGAAUCCCAGAACAAGACAGGAUGCGUGCAUAUAUCAGCGGACUGAAAACUAUGGACUGGAAUGAGGUGGCCUUCCCCCCUUUCUCUCCUGAAGCAUGCCGGGAAAAGAUGAGACAGAUUUUGCACAAAAUGCGUAAGAUUCGGACCCUCACAGAGCUCAUCGUUGAAGCUGAAGAUUUAAUUUCCAAUCCUGUCACAAAUCUUAAGAACCAUCCAGAGCACCCAAAGAGACCCGCCCCUCCAAAUGCCAUCUUUUUGGAGGAAAAUGCGGCCACAUAUCAAAAGAAGCAUCCAAGGAUGAGACACCAAAAAUUGUUCAAGAAACUAAUAAAGAAGUACCAGAAGCUCCCAGAUGAAGAGAAGGCUCAAUAUGUGGAGAAAUUUAACCUUGCAAAUGACGACUACAGGAGAAGUAUGCAGGUGUUCAGUAAACAAUAUCAAAAUAAUAGGAAUCCUGAGCGCAAGACCUACCGGAAGAAGCGCUCUGCAAACACCAAAGCUGGUACUGAAGAUACAGAGGGCAUGCCUCAAAAGCCUUCUUUAAGUGGAUAUAAACUAUUCUGCAAAGAACAGCCCAAUUCCAAGAGGGGUUCCUCAGGAAAGAGUUGCGUAACUGUGUGGGCCCAAAGUUGGCGAGAUAUGACUGAGAAACACAGGGACGAGUACAACACACGCAGCACAGAGUUGAAGAGACAGUACGUGGUCGAGCUCAAUGAAUACCUAAUGAAUUUUGAUGAGGAGAAGCAGAAGCGGAUCUUAAAGGAGAACGGCAUCAAAAGACCCAAAGUGUCUAAGGGCAUUAAAAAAAGAGAUAUAAAGAAAUUUCCUGGUGAGCCCAAAAUGCCAUCUCGAUCUGGUUAUGGAAUUUUUUGCAAAAAUCAGAUGGUACUUCUGAGGGAGAAAUUCCCAAACUCGAGGGAUCGCUUCGCCGUGAUUUGCAAAAUGUGGCAGGACCUCAACAGUAAAGAGAAGGAACGCUACAAAAAGGAAGUGUUUGAAGACAAUAAAAAACACUCCGUGGAGCUUCAGAAGUGGUUUGAGACAUUGCCGGCAGCAGAAAAGAAAUCUUAUCAGAAACAUAACCCCAGUAAAGUGCAAUAUCUUGAUGUCAGCCAAAUGGAGGUUUAUGACUUAGAAGAACCAUGUGUUACUGUCUACAGGCCAUCAGAUUCAGAAGAUGAAGACCUUGACGACAGCAGUGAUGAAGAAGAGGACGAUUCAGGCUCUGAAGAGGUUGAGGAUGAAGACAGCGAUGUCAUCACCUUUGAGGUGUUAUAAAUGGUGAUGAGAUGGACAGCAGAUCGUCACACAUGCAAGUUCAGAGCAGAAUCCUGGAUCUGACUCGAUCGACUGGUCGCUCCAGUGGCUGACUUUAACGCCACAUUGUGUGGUGGCCAUGUUGGCUGGAAGGUUGCCACCAGUAUUCCUAUGUGUUGACUGGAUUACAAGUGCCUGAGGGCCCCAGACCCCCAGGGCCCACUCAUUAGUUUGUUGUGAUAUGAUUUAUUGUAAUACUGUUACUGUUUGUUUACCACAAAAGCAUCAACCGAUGUGAUGAGGGCCUUAAAGAAGUUCUCACAUUAAAUAUUCCUAACUGGAUAAGUGAUAACUAAUGUGUAAGUUCAGGAAAAAAAACACCCUUAUGUAUUAUUAUAAUGGUUAACGGUCAAGAUUUCCUUUUAAAAAUGUGCUUGAAAAUAUCUAAAACUUAGAACUUUGGUAGAAAAGUUAUUUUUGUAUGUAGGACCGUACAAUGAGAAGCUUGAUAACUGCAUUUAUUUGUUGUUAAAGGUGCAUCCUGCUUUAUUAACUCACAUUGAGGACUUGUGACACCAGGAUUGCUCUACAAAAAUCUUGUUUUAAGACCAGCGAUAUUUCCUCCUAUUUUGUUCUUACAUGUUCUGUAUUAAUUAGUUCCAUUUAACACUUUAUUAUCUAUUUGAUAAUCUGCCAUUAGAAUGCUUGAUUGUAGGUUAAAUGGUGUUUUUACCUAGGAACUCAUUUUUGCACAAGGGCCCCCAGACAGAUUUAUCAGACCCUUAGCACAACAUUAUACAUCUGAGGUAGUCUAUAAAUCAAGACACUAUAUUCUCAGCCAAUUUGUUCCAUACUUUUAACAACAUUUAUGUCUGAAAAUGUUUGAGAGAGAAAGCUUGACCAGGGAAAAUGAACUGUCUUCUUGAUGGGGUCAAAAUGUUGUGAUUUAUGGGAUUCCCAAGGGGUUUAAUUGUGUUUAAAACAAGAAUAUACUUUUUCAAGCAUUGUUUUUUUUAUUCUUAAUUGUGAAAAAAAAAGCCUUACAUUUGUUUGUAAA